GCUGACCACUGGGGAAAUUUCUUAACGAAACAGUCCAGCUGCAGUACAGCAAUGUCCCGAAUUAGUGACCGAUUUAUUGGUCGACUUCAGUGUGUAUGACAGCGUGUGAAAGCAUGCGCUGAAUUUGUAUUUAUUCUAAAAUAUUUUACAGCAAUUGUGCCCGUGAAUCCGAGUCCUCUGAAUCGGUCCUGACACCAUGCUAGCCACAGUGACUGCUGUGGUUAGGUUUGCUCAAUACAAUGGCAGCAUUUCACCUACACCACUGGAGAACACAUCAGCAUUCCCAACUUGGCAAACUGAUACUGAAGCCAAUGUCACCAAGCCUCACAAAUGUCUACAAGUUCUGUAUGAUGACAUCGGAAACUCCAGGGUGCGGUACUGGGAUAUUCUACUGCUAGUGCCUAAUGUGGCCUUCUUUGUAUUCCUGAUGUGGAAGCUGCCUUCAGCCAGGGCAAAGAUUCGACUCACCUCUAGUCCCAUCUUCAUCACUUUUUACCUGCUGGUUUUUGUUGUAGCAGCAGUUGGAAUCACCCGGGCCAUAGUGUCUAUGACUGUCAGUGCAUCCAGUGCUGCCACCAUCAUUGACAAAGUGCUGUGGGAAAUCACCCGUUUCUUCUUGCUGGCUAUUGAGCUCAGUGUUAUCAUUUUGGGACUGGCUUUUGGUCACCUGGAGAGCAAGUCCAGUAUAAAGCGUGUGCUGGCCAUUACUGCUGUGCUAGCUCUGGCCUACUCCAUCACACAGGGCACGCUAGAGAUCCUGUAUCCAGACAGUCACCUGUCUGCUGAGGACUUCAACAUCUACGGUCACGGAGGACGGCACUUCUGGUUGGCCAGCUCCUGCUUCUUCUUUCUGGUGUACUCUUUGAUUGUGAUCUUGCCCAAAACUCCACUGAGGGAGAGGAUAUCUCUGCCAUCUAAGAGGAGUUUCUACGUGUAUGCUGCCAUCCUGUCUUUACUGAACCUUGUCCAGGGCCUGGGCAGUGCUCUGCUGUGUGCUGAAAUAAUAGAGGGACUCUGCUGUGUGGAUGUCACCACCUUCCUGUACUUCUCAGCCUUUGCUCCGCUCAUUUAUGUCACAUUCCUCAAAGGCUUUUUUGGUUCAGAACCCAAGAUCCUGUUCUCAUACAAGUCACAGGUGGAUGAGCCAGAUGAAAGUGACGUCCACCUUCCCCCAACCGUUGCUACAACUCUUGGCCGCAAGGAGCUGACUGACCAGGGUCUGUACUACUCCUCCACCCAGAUUGAUGGGUCUGGUCCUGGCAACGCUGGUAUGGUUGGAGCAUACCUAGAUGAUGUUGCCUCCGGACCCUAUGGGUCCAGCAGCAUUAACAGCAUUGAAGCUGACCGCUGGAGACCUGUCAAUGCCUGAGUCCUUGUAGAGGAGGAUGGAAGAAGAGAGAAGGUUAUACGGGUUGGACUUUACAUUUGUGUGUGAAGGUAGUGUGUUGGGUAGGAUCAGAGGAGAUGGCCAAUAAAGAAAUCCAGAACAGAGGAGUUGGACACAGGAAAGGUAAUCUUGGUCUUUCUAUGAGGCCAGGAUAAGUUUAGAAGUGGACACAUAAGGAGAGACCUUUUCUAGCCAAUUAUCUGGAGAACUGUGAAUUUAGCAACUGCUUUUGUAACACUGUUGCCAGAGUGCACUGCUGCUGUAGCUCCACACUAGGAGUACUGUUCCUCACCGUGGGCCCUACAGACUCCAUAUUGAUCCGGUUUCACCACUCUUUAAUGUGGGAGCGCUUGCUGACUCGUCUCUGCGCGUUUUCUGUCAUUCCAGCUUCCAGCAUCAACUGCUCAAUCCUCAAUGAUGAAGUUUUAGCCCCAUUUUAAAAACCCAAGUAUUUAAAGUCUAACAAUCUUUUGAUGACAACUUAACAGCUGUACAUUCCCUCUUAUGGCUUUGAGUAAUAACAUCUCAACAAACUUUAUCUGCUGCUUUGUAUUAGAUUUAUGACCCUACUGGUUAAUCAGUUUGUACUGAAUCACCGUGCCUCUCUAUAGAGGGAAAGAACUUGUGCUAAUUCAUUUUGAUAGGUAUGCUUUGUCUUCUGAAAUAAGUGCUGUCCCUCUUGUUAUCAAGUGAAAGGCUUGAGUGUGAUGUGUGUUACUGCAAUAUGAAAAGGAAAUUCCUUGGGAAGACAUUCCAUGUUUAAGAUCACAAAAUCAUCUGUAAGGCUCUCUGCUGACUCAUCAGCAGUUCUCAAAUUGCCUCUCAGCCAUAAGCUCUCUACUUGUCAUUUGUUUCCUCAUUUUAUUUAAUUUGGACCUUUUCUUUAAUUUUUCAUACCUGAUUAAUCAUUCCUUCUACUGAAAACAUGUGAUUUGAACAACAAAUAUGCAGAAACCUUUUUACGUGUAUUCCAAAUUAGACAUGCCCUCAUUUCAUAUCUACCUACCUUGUUCAGUUUUUGCUUGCUGCAGAAUCGUUGCUGUAACAAUUUUCAGCUUUUAAUUUGCUGCUAACUUUUUUUUAUUUUGGUGUUCAGAGUUUUCACAGAUGUUAUUACAGGUCAUGAAUAUGGAUCAUAAACAAUGUUGCUCAGUUUUAUUGCAUCAAAUGAUGGUAUUGAUUUACUUUUAUCGUAUACAAAUGUUCAGCUUCUUCAACUGAGCAAGAGAGGCUCAGGCAACUACAGUAUGUUUAAAAUGUGUAAUUUUAAAAUAGUAUCAAGGAUAAAACUCCCUUCAGAUCAGUUUUAAGCUUGGGUUGUUAGCUUCGUGGUUCAACUGAAAUCAAUUCUUGUCAUACCUCAGGGUAUUACAACAAAAUCAUACUUCACAUCAAAUUUGCUUAUAUCUACCUUGGAAAUAUUACAUAGUGUAUUUUCCCCUGGAAAUUCUAUACAUUUGGUAAAGGAUCACUCUAUUUAAGCAAGUAGUAUUCAUAUAUAGUGGUAACCUGUAUGUGUGAAAUACACUGCAGGAUUACAUUUAUUUUUUCAUCAUUAUAAAGCAACAACACAGUAAGGAUCAGUAUUUGCUUGACUCUUGAAGUAUUUUAUAUUCAGAUUUGAGUGCUGGUGAACACUGCUGUAUUACUUGCAGCUAGAGUAGAGGUUGGAAAAUCAGUUUGCAGUUUUAUGACAUGAGUUCCCAAGGUGCAUUGUUAUGGAUUUACUAUCCAUUCUCUUGAUACACAAGAUGUUGAAUGGUGAAUUCAUUUUGCAAAUGAUCUGUUAAUUGCCUUUUUAUUUAAGUGCAUUGAUUGUAUAAUAUUCAGGCCCUAUUAAUGCGAUGUGCUGAGCAUUUCAUGACAUACAGAAUAAACCAUAAACAUA